GCUUCUAUCUGAUUACCGCAUCAAUUGAUCUUUUAAUUCUCUCUUUCUGAUCUUGCUAUAGCAUGACGAGUCCUAGCCAUACGGUGAAUUUCUCAGCACCGAGAGGCUUUAUCACUGCCUUCAAAUCUGAUUGCAAAGAAACUUUCUUCCCAGACGAUCCGUUUCAUAAGUCCAAAGACAAACCUUUGCUCAAACUCAAGAAAAAAAUCCAAUACUUUGUCCCAUUAUUUGAAUGGUUACCCAAAUACAAUCUACAUUUGCUUAGAUAUGAUUUGCUUGCUGGUAUCACCAUUACCAGCCUUGCAAUCCCUCAAGGAAUUAGCUAUGCCAAACUCGGUGAUAUUCCUCCAAUCAACGGCCUCUAUUCAAGCUUUAUACCGCCGUUUGUUUAUGCCAUUUUCGGGAGUUCAAAGCACCUUGCGGUGGGAACAGUGGCAGCAUGCUCAUUGCUUAUAUCUGACACGAUUGGAGCUAAAGUAUCACCGAAAGAUGAUCCCACAUUGUAUCUUCACUUAGUUUUCACAGCCACUUUCUUCACCGGAAUUUUCCAGACUGCUUUAGGCUUUCUGAGGUUGGGAAUUUUGGUUGAUUUCUUAUCACAUUCUACGAUCACUGGUUUCAUGGGAGGGACUGCUAUAAUAAUUUGCCUGCAACAAUUGAAAGGCAUAUUUGGUUUAAAACACUUCACAACUCAUACUGAUGUGGUUUCGGUUCUACGUGCAGUUUUCAGCCAUAGAUAUGAGUGGAGGUGGCAAAGCGCUGUUGUUGGUGUAGUCUUCCUUGCUUUCCUCCAAUUCACUCGAUUCCUGAGACAAAAAAAACCAAAACUAUUUUGGGUAUCAGCUAUGGCUCCAAUGGUCGUUGUCGUGGUUGGUUGUCUUUUUGUAUUUUUUGCUCAUGCAGACAAAUAUGGAAUCCAAAUUGUUGGUGACUUGAAGAAGGGACUAAAUCCUCCCUCAAUUCAAUAUUUGAACUUCGAUCGCCGCUAUCUUCCAGUAACUGUGCAGGCUGGUCUUGUCACAGGGCUUGUUGCAUUGGCUGAAGGAAUAGCGAUAGGACGAAGCUUUGCCAUCUUGAAAAAUGAACAAACUGAUGGGAACAAGGAAAUGAUAGCCUUCGGUUUCAUGAACGUCAUCGGAUCUUUCACUUCCUGCUACUUGACAACAGGGCCAUUCUCAAAAACGGCUGUGAAUUUCAAUGCUGGGUGCAGGACAGCAAUGUCCAACAUCGUAAUGGGAUUUUGCAUGAUGUUAACACUCCUGUUCUUGGCUCCUCUCUUCAGUUAUACCCCUCUGGUAGCACUAUCUUCCAUUAUCAUGUCUGCAAUGCUUGGACUAAUCAACUAUGAGGAGAUGCUUCACCUAUUUAAAGUCGAUAAAUUCGACUUUGUCAUCUGCAUGGCUGCCUUCCUUGGUGUCAGUUUCAUAAGCAUGGAUGUUGGCCUCAUACUUUCGGUGGGACUUGCUUUACUUAGAGCACUUUUGUAUGUGGCAAGGCCUGCUGCCUGUAAGCUUGGAAAAAUUCCAAACUCAACUUUAUAUCGUGACACAGAGCAGUACCCUGGCUCAACACCGAUGCAGGGAAUCCUUGUUCUUCAACUUGGUUCCCCUAUUUAUUUUGCAAACUCUACCUACAUAAGAGAAAGGAUUCUGAGGUAUAUUCAGAAGGAACAAGGUAUUUCAGAUUCUAAAAGUGACGUUAUUGAGCAUCUUUUGCUAGAUUUGUCAGGAGUUUCAUCCAUUGACAUGACAGGCAUUGAGACAUUCGUUGAACUACGUAGAAUUCUGGACGCGAAGGGUAUCAAGUUAGCAAUAGUAAACCCGAGGAUUGAAGUUCUGGAGAAAAUGACGUUAGCGAAAUUCACAGACGCCAUUGGGAAGGAAUCUUUCUACUUGUCUAUUGAAGAUGCAAUCCAAAGUGCUCGAUUUUCACUUGAUAACAAAGCAACGGAAGAAUCCUCAAACGACCAAAAUGUUGCUUAAAGGAUACUUGCUGUAUUAUAUAUGUAUGCCUAUGAAUCAUCGGCGUUUAUCUCGAUUAGUAACAUAAAUCCAGGCCAGUUUUCCAGGUCCUAAUUCGACCAUUCCUCUAAAUUCAACAAAGGGGUUAGUAAUGUGAUGUUGCAGUUAAGGUUUUUCUGUUUAGUGGCGGUGAAAACAAAGAAAAAAGGUGCAUAGCCGGCGGCUAUGUUGCUGGUGAUUGAAGGCCAAGCUGUUGUCAUGUAAAUGAUGAGAAUCAUGAGAUAAUCCUGAUCUGUUGGAUAAAUAUGAUAAUUUUUGUUUCUUUCUCUGCCUCUUUUUUCUGUUUUCUUGUCCAAUCAGCUUGUAAUUUGAUCAUAUUUUUGAAUUGGAGGAUGAA